AUGCUCCCUGGCAAAGUGGUGCCUCGACAGAGGCGGGCCGCUGGCGAGCGCAGAGUGAUGAGAGAGAAAACGACCGGCGGCCGUCUCCCACCAACCGACGCACCUCAUUUUCGUUUCACUUUGUUUGCCAGGGCACGAGUUUAGCAGCUUGUUUCUCAAAAAAAAAGUGCUGGGAGUUCACUCGAAUUUUUUUUCGUCUUGCCAGUCCUCCUCCUACUGGCAAACCCCUACACGAAACUCAGACUCGGCCGUUGCUCGCGUCAGCGUCGAACCGUUCUUUUUUUUUGCUCGCAAAACGACGCCCAACGGUUUCACCAGCUCUUUUGUUGUCUACGGUAGCCUUUGUUUGUAUUCAUCAAGUUUUUGAGCUUUUUUUGAGUUUUUUUCAAAUUUUUUUCACUUCUGUUUUUUUCCAGAGAAGAAGAAACUGAAUUUUUUAUGUUUUUUUUUUGAAGUUCAGCGAUUUUUUAAUUUCCAGAUUUUCUGAGUUAUCCAAGCAGACGGAACUGACGUUCUUUUCUGUUUGUUCAGUGCAAAACUUCAAGAAAUUGUUACUUAUCCUUUCUCAGAUUUUCAAAAGGUUUGAAAUUUCGAACUGAAGGCAUCCAGAAAACUUGAAGCUUCUUAUUGAAAAAAAAAAUCGAUGCAAGAACGGCAGUUCUUCCGCCAUAGAUUAUUUUAAUGACUCGUGCUCAAAAUGUGUAGAACAUAUGUGAAGCGUUUAUGGAGUCGCGCGAGGAAAUUUUCUCGCCUUCGUCCCUCUUUUUCCGCUUUUUGCCAUAUGCUUAAGUUCCCGCGUCGCCUCUUUUCUUUUUCGUUUAUUUUUCUUUGGAGUUCAGUUUACGUGAAUAUUCCGAUGUAAAAAGGCAUUUUUCAGGCAAUCCAUCACCAACCGGACGGUCUACUAG